GGAUUUUUUUGUGUGAUGCAAUACAGAAAAGUUUUAAAACAACUCAACAGAACUCCGGUGCCACUUUGAGAGCAAGUUCACAAAUAAGAGGAAUAUACAUGUUAGAAAGUUUCUCGUUUUUACGUGAUUUUUAACAAGAGUGUUUGUGAGAUUCUAGCAGAAUCCCAGUCCAGCGUGAUGUCAGAGGAACAGAUCACAAUUAAAGCAAACCAUGUAACAAACGCGUCUCUUGAAAGCACUAGACGAAUAGCUCAAAUGACAGAAGAGUGUUUGAACAUGGGAGCCGAAACUAUGACUAUGUUGGAUGAACAGGGAGAAAAACUACAUAAUGUGAAAAGGGAAUUGGGACAUAUAAACCAGGACAUAAAACAGGCUCAAGCGAACUUGAAUAAACUGUCCAGCUGGACAUGGAAGAGCUUUUGUUCCAGACUGAAGCCCACCAAAAGAGAAAGUACAUCUAAGCAAGCAAGCAAACCGAAAGAAAGGCAGAAUGUGGCAUCGUGCCACCCAGCUGCUGUCCAAAAAGGGCAGGCUGUUUCUGCUGAGUCAACAGCCCCCUCCGGCCCCUAUAUCACUAGAAUAACAAAUGAUGAACGGGAAAAUGAGAUGGAAGACAAUCUGACCAAGCUGGGCCACUGCAUUAAGAUUAUAAGGGACCAAACACUGGAAAUAAACAACAAGCUCGACGAACAGAACAAAACCAUUCAGGACAUCCAGAAUGACGUUGACCAAGCUAAUGAUGAUGUUGCUACUGCGAAUAAACAGGCCAAGAAAUGUUAAGUGAAACACAUCUCAACAUCAAAUCCCCUCAGUGUAAAAAAAAGGAUAGAAUAAACUGUAAAUCUCUAAAAGUCUA